AUGAACUAAUUGCUAUUCGCUGAAACAAGCCAUUGAGCAUUGAUGAAUCAUAUUUAUUUACAAAAGAAUUGAUAGAUGGCGCUGUUUAACACAAGUACGCGAUAAAAAAAAAUCUUGAAAGGAAAACCACGUGGGCAAGCUACCUAGUUAAAAAUGGUUAUGACAAUUUUAAUGAACCAAAAAAGUAGGAAAAACAAAAGAAAUGGUGAAACUAGCGAGGAAACCUCAAUUUACACUCAAACUUAGAUCAUCUUGUAUUGGGUCUUUUAUAUUUAGAUCAAUCACAAUCAACAAGCUAUUCUAGAGACUCAGUGUAAUUCAUAAACUCGUACUACCUACAUUUGAUACUGAAUGCCCAUAAGGAUUUCAUUGAAAGAUAGGUGAAGUUUUUUUAAACCGCAUUUCAUGACCGUGAACCGACUAAAACUUGCAAAGUAAUUCAAAUUUUUUUCUUAUUUUUUACACAAACGUCAGAUAUUUAGCGUAAAAAACGGGUAAAAACCAUAAACUACGUGAAUGGGAGCCAGAAUAUUUUGUUUUUCAUAAGAAAUGGUAUUUCUUGGCUAGCAGUGCUUUCAUGUAACUAGUAAAAACAUGUGGUGGGUUGGACUGAAUUGUUAGGUGAGUAUAGUUUUCAAUAUUUAUCGUGGUUGAAGCUGCAAAAUAUCUUUAUGAUUAAUAGAGUCCUGGUUGAAUGUUUUUUUUUUCGUUUCAAAGAAUUUUUUUUUGUGGCUACAACGAUUAAUUAAGGUCAGAUGAACACCACCAUUGACCCUCACAAUGUGACUAUCUUCGCCCUUUGAACAGUCAUUACAUUGGUGGCAGUCAAAUUAAAAAUUACUUGGGAUUUCGCUAACGACGAAGGACGCCUUUAUUUUAUUUUUUUAUACUGUAUGAGGUGUAUAACUGAUUCUGGAAAAUGACUGCAUUCACUUGAGUCUAAGAAUUAGUUUGAGCUGUUCUUCAAAAACUAAACUUUUAUUUGGACAAAUUGACAUUUCAGAUAAGAUACUCAUAAAUUAUCUGAGGUUUCCCUGCGCAAGCGAUGGGUGUGAGUGCCAAGUGGGUGGUGCUAUGGUCGCUGUGGGCGGCGCGGCUGGUGCGGCAGCCGACGCUGCCGGUGCGCGUGAGCAGCGGCUGGCUGCGCGGCUCCGUCUCUCCUGACGGCUCGCACGUGGAAUACCUCCACAUUCCCUACGCCUCUGUAGUGAAGAGGUUUCAGGCACCAGGACCUGCGAGAAAUUGGACAGGAACAUUUGAAGCGAUCGAGGAAUAUCCCACAUGCCACCAGACACUCGGCCGCAGAAUACAUUACCCUAUCGGGCAGGAGGACUGCUUGUCGCUCAACGUCUUCACGCCCCUGAACGUGGCACCAGACAGCAAAUUACCAGUCCUCGUACACAUACACGGUGGAGGAUAUUUCGAAAACUCUGCGUCACGAGGAACUUUCGGCCCUGAAUUCAUAGUCAGAAAAGACUUAAUACUCGUCGUUAUGAACUACAGACUGUACAUACAUGGGUUCUUAUGUUUGGGUAUUCCAGAAGCACCGGGUAAUGCCGGCAUGAAGGAUCAGGUGGCAGCCUUAAAAUGGAUCCAGGUGAACAUACGGGCCUUCGGCGGCGACCCCGACAGCGUCACCAUCAACGGCAUGAGCGCGGGCGCCACCGCCGCGGCCUUGCACGUCCUGUCGCCGAUGUCAAAUGGUUUGUUCCACAGAGCCAUAAUUCAGAGCGGCUCUUCUAUUGCCGACUGGGGCCUCCGGCUCGACCCCUUGGAGGUGGCAAGCAAAGCGGCUAAGUUUAUGGGUUUCAACAGCAAAAACCCCUAUGAGCUCUACAAUUUUUAUAUGAAUAAAACCGAUGCAGAGCUAAUCACAAGAAUUCCACAAGAGGAAGGUCUAACUAUUUUUCACUUAGUUCAGUUUUCGCCGUGUGUCGAAACACACAAAGGAGGAGAGGAGCCGUUCCUGACGGAGCUGCCGUACAACCUGCUGACCAGGGGAGAGGUCAACAACGUGUCGAUCAUGAUCGGCACGACCAACGCGGAAGGAAUAAUGAUGAUCGGCGCCGAGUUGAACGAGACUCUAGAUUCGUUGGACACUGAAAAGAAUUUGCCUGAAAAUUUGGCUUUCCCGUCGGCACUGGCUCGGCGGGAGUUUGCAGAUGAAGUGAAAAAGCUUUACGUGGGAGACGAGGAACUAUCGUCGAUUAACAAGACUAAAUUGAUUUAUUAUUUUGGAGAUCCGUUUAUUAGCUACCCAGUGUUGGAGGAGACGGAUUUGUUGAUGAGAGCCAGCAAGCAGCCGGUGUACUCGUACUUGUUUGGUUACGACGGCGGCCGCAACAUCAUCAAGCGCUUUAUAUGCGGCCCCGAGCUGCGCGCCGCCGCCGGCGCAUCCCACAGCGACGAUCUGUUCUACGUGUAUCAAAUCAUUUUCAUGCCAAUAUUUUUCGAAACAGAAAUGAUUGACAAAAUGACAACAUUAUGGGCUAACUUUGCGAGAUAUGGGGACCCGACGCCUGAACCCACGGAUCUCAUCCCGGAGCGCUGGCUGCCGGUCACCCCGGAGCACCAGCAGAGCUACCACAUCGACAGGACCUUCUCCAUGGGGCCAAUGUGGUACAACCACAGCCUGCUGUUCUGGAGAGACAUCUACUCCAAAUACAGAAAACUGUCGUGACAAGGUGUUGAUAAAAAUUGAAAAGAUUACAUGGGUAGGGGAGACCGUGGAGAGUUGUAACAGAGGAGAGUUGUGUUGUGACAUUGUCGAUUUUUGGCAACCUUUAACCAUCAGAGCUCGCGCAUUUGGUAGCUCGAGACUUGAACUAAAAACGCCCAUUGUUACGAGCUAGUUAAUAAGUUCCAAAAAAUCGAAAAUGUCACAAAGCUCUUCUCUGAUGGUUACA